AUGUGGUGUCCUGCUUAUUCUAAGAAGUAUUGGUCUGGUGGUAUAUUGUCCUCUCAACGUAGUGAAACUACUAAUAAGUCAGUUUCACAACGUCUUAAUAAGACUCAAGGUUUAUGUGAUUUUUAUCAUGUUUUUCUUGAUGUCGUUUCUGAGUGGAGAAGUAAGGAAGGUGGAAGAGAUUAUAAUACUUUGAGGGGUAAUAGGCACCUAGCUUUUGCUAAUAUUGGUAUAUUAGUUCAUGCAAGAUCAUUGUACACUAUUCAAGCUUAUUAUGUGCUUUUUGAAGAGGAGUUCAUUAGGGGGACAGCUUAUGAUCAUGUUGAUAAUGGUUUGCGUUUUCCAGAAUAUUCAUAUCUUCUUUGGAGGCCUGGGAAGGAUAUAAUUAAGCAUGAAGUUGUUUUUAAUAAGGAAACACAUGCAGUUUGUUGCACAUGCAUGCACUUUAGUGAGACUGGUUUACUUUGUUCUCAUUCUCUUCGAGUAUAUCAUUUGCAUUGUGUGCGUAAUAUUCCACAAGAGUAUAUAAUGAAACGAUGGACAAAGGCUGCCAUGUGUAGUCAUGGUAUUGAAGAACCUACUUUGAGGACAAAUGUUGUGGCUACUAGUGUUUGGAGGUCACAAACAAUCAGAAAGUUCGUGAAGUUGAUAACAAGUUGUCAGAAUUCUUUGAAUGCAAGGGCAGAGGUUGAGUGUUAUUUCAAUCUGUUAAAAGAAAAGGUUGAGAGCGUAUCAGGUGUAAUUGACUUUAGUGAACCUAUUAAAGAGGUUGAAAUUGUUGAUCUUGAGAUCAAGAAUCCUCCAAAAGCUAGGCCUAAAGUGCAACAAGGCAAAGGGUAA